GUUCUAGUAAACACACAAAGGCCCUUAUCUCUGCCACUCUGCCACUCGCCACUCCCACUCCUACUCCCACUCCUACUCCCACUCCUACUCCCACUCCUACUCCCACUCCUACUCCCACUCCUACUCCCACUCCUACUCCCACUCCCCUAUCCUCCCAGCUCGCGCUUGGGCAUCUUGGUGCGCAGGCAGCUCAAGUGCCUGGGCUCCCCCCAGGUACUCAAGGUGCGCUACGGCUCUGCCUACACGCUCCUGCUCUCCGCACAGCCAUGCCGCCUGCCCCCCAUCCGCGCCUUCCUCUCCUCCAUCGUGCCCACCUUCUCCGAGCACUGACGCUGCUCCACUGCCCGUCAGCGUUGACCAUGCCCCUCAUGCUUCGGAUUACCAGCAUCCCGAUGCUCCUGCUCUCAUGCCCGCUGCUGCCACUGGUGGUGGCGACGGCGGCGGUGAUGUUGGCUCUUUGCUGGGAGAAGAGGAAGAGCAUAUGGCGUCGCAAGGGUUUCAGGAACAGCAUCAGCAUCAGCAGCAGCAGCAGCAGCAGCAGCUAGUGGCAUCGCCGCCACCUGCAUCUGCAGUAGCUACUCCUGUGGCAGCAGCAGCCAUAACUGCGGACGAGCUGAGAAUCAAGCUCAGUGACUUGUCUCGCCACAACAGCGAUCCCAGACCAGGCUCCCCUGCCAUUCCAGCUGCAUCAACAGCAGCAGGAGAUAUCACAGCAGCAGCAGCAGAACUAGCAGCAGCCAUUCCCACAGCAGCAGCCGCAGCAGGUGGUGCCACUUCAGCAGCACCAUCACCACCAGCAUCGCCAGCAGCAGAAGCAGGCACGAGAAGCAGCAGCAGCAGUGGGUGCGUGCAGGUGAAGUUCCUGGUCCCACUGGACGACCUCCGGGGGCUGGCACGUGUGUGGAGUGAGCUGGAGGGGCAGAGGUCGCGGCUGGGCAUAGAGGAGAUGAGCUUCAGCCAGCCCACCCUGCAGCAGGUGUUCCACCGCCUCACCACAGUCGCCAGGGACCAGCCCCCCCGCCCCGUCGUCUGACCCAAAAGCCUCCUCCCCGCCUGGUCAUGUGACGUGAUGUGCUCUCGGAGUUCACAGGAAAACUGCCCUGCCCUGCCCCCCCCCCCCACCCUCUCCUCCCCAAACCCCGUGUUCCAUCGUGUGUUGGGUGCCUGCUUGUUUGAUGACACGGUACUCUAGGGGUAUUGGCUGGGAUGGAUGGAUGGAGGGAGGAGAUUGCUUGUGGUGAGUCCACCGCACAAGGCAAAUGUUGCUGGAGGUUGAGGUUACACCGUAACUGCUGAGUGUGGCGUGCAGUGGAGCUCAACAAGAUACCGCACCCUUCAACUAUCAGACCUUGUUCUGAACUGAACACCUUGCUGAUUAUCAGACCACUUUAUUCAAUCCCUGGCUGGUGACAGCUCCGCUACGCUGGUGAAGAUGUUUGUUGGACUGCGAGUGUGGCUGUCGAGUCGACUGAGUUGCAUGCAUCGUUACAUUAUAUCUUUACAAAGGCAAAUUCUUGGAGGAAAGAAGGGUUAUUUGCAGUCAUGUGACGACUUUAGUAGCUGAUUACAAUGCAAAGCAGCCGUUUUAAUAAAAG